AACCACCAGCCAGUCCCUCCCGCCGAUCGGCUCGAAUCGGAUCCCGCUGUCGCGUUCCGUUCUCCAUUUUUUCAAAACCCACUCCCCCAAACAGGCGAACAACCAUCUCUCCUCCUUCGACUUCGAAGCUUGCUGAAGGAGGAGAAGAAGAAGGAAGGAAGGAAGGAAAGGAAGCUGAAAGAGAGGAGAAAAGCCGAAGACCCCCCCUGCUUGCUUCUGGCCUGAGUCAGCGAGGAGGGGAAGGGAUCGGCUCAGCUCCUUCGGGGCCGCAUCCGGGGUAGAAGAUGUCUCGAGUCGAGCAUCUUUGGGAGAGGCUCGUGAGGGCUGCGCUGAGGAGGGAAAGGACGGGGACCGAUGCUUAUGGACGUCCCGUCACUGGAAUUGCCGGGUUCGUGCCAUCUUCGCUCGCAAAUAACAGGGUCAUAGAUGAAAUCCUGAGAGCUGCAGAUGAGAUUCAAGAUGAAGACCCCACUGUCUCUAGAAUUUUGUGUGAGCAUGCGUAUUCAAUUGCCCAGACUCUCGAUCCCAACAGCGAAGGAAGAGGUGUUUUACAAUUCAAGACUGGUUUAAUGUCAGUAAUUAAGCAAAAGCUUGCAAAGAGGGAAGGUGGGACCAUUGAUAGAAGCCAAGACGUUGCUCGUUUGCAAGACUUCUAUAAACUCUACAGAGAGAAAAAUAACGUAGUCAAACUGCGAGAAGAAGAGAUGAAAUUGAGGGAAUCUGCUGAUCACACUGGAAAUCUUGGCGAGCUGGAGAGAAAGACACUGAAGAGGAAAAGAGUGUCUGCAACGCUGAAGGUUUUACGGUCAGUGCUGGAGCAGCUGAGGGCAGAAAUUCCAGAAGAGCUGAAACGAAUGAUGGAAUCUGAUGUUGCCAUGACGGAGGAUCUUGUUGCUUAUAAUAUUAUACCUUUGGACGCUCCAAGCACAACAAAUGUUAUAGCGACUCUCCCCGAGGUUCGGGCAGCAAUUUCAGCUUUAAGUUACUUUAGAGGCCUGCCAGAAUUGCCUGCAGAUUAUCCAAUUCCUGCUACAAGACAUGCGGAUAUAUUUGAUUUUCUUCAUUAUGUUUUUGGGUUUCAGAAAGACAAUGUCUCCAAUCAGCGGGAACAUGUGGUUCAUCUUCUUGCGAAUGAACAGUCUCAACUUUCCAUACUUGAGGAAACUGAACCAAAAUUACAUGAAGCUGCUGUUGAUAAUGUGUAUAAGAAGUCGCUAGAUAAUUAUAUUAAGUGGUGCAACUACUUGAUCCUUCGACCAGUAUGGGGCGGUUUUGAUGCUGUUAGCAAGGAGAAGAAGCUACUGUUUGUUUCACUGUACUUCUUGAUAUGGGGUGAAGCUGCUAAUAUUCGAUUCUUGCCAGAGUGCCUAUGUUACAUAUUCCAUCAUAUGGCAAGGGAAAUGGAUGAGAUAUUAAAGCAGAGGAUUGCACAGCGAGCUCAUAGUUGUUCUUCUGAUGAUGGUGUUUCACCGUUUCUUGAUCGGGUGAUUGCUCCAUUAUAUGAAGUGGUUGCAGCGGAGGCUGGAAACAAUGACAAUGGCAGGGCUCCACAUUCUUCCUGGAGAAACUAUGAUGAUUUUAAUGAAUACUUCUGGUCGCUUCAUUGCAUUGACCUGAGCUGGCCAUGGCGAAAAGAUUCCUCCUUCUUUCAAAAGCCAAAACCAAAGGCGAAGAUUCUUCUUCGAACUAGUGGAAAGAAGCGUCAGGGGAAAACAUCAUUUGUGGAGCACCGCACUUUCCUUCAUCUUUACCAUAGCUUCCAUCGACUCUGGAUCUUUCUUGCUAUGAUGUUUCAGGGACUCACAAUAAUUGCCUUCAAUGAUGGGCGUUUUAACUCCAAUACUCUUCGGGAGCUUCUGAGUCUAGGCCCGACAUUCGUGGUGAUGAAAUUUAUUGAAAGUGUCCUGGAUAUAGUGAUGAUGUAUGGUGCAUAUUCAAAAACGAGGCGCGUUGCAGUCUCUAGAAUUUUAAUCCGCUUCCUUUGGUUUACUGCUGCUUCAGUUUUUCUAUCUUUCCUUUAUGUGAAGGCUCUCCAGGAGCAAAAUCAAGCGGAUUCGUUUGUAUAUAGGUUGUAUGUGAUCGUUAUUGUCAUCUAUGCUGGUUUCCAGUUUUUCCUCAGUAUGUUAAUGCGGAUACCAGCCUGCCGUCAUUUGACAAAUCAAUGUGAUCGCUGGCCUCUGAUUCGCUUCCUGAAAUGGAUGCGUCAGGAAAGGUAUUAUGUUGGACGUGGCAUGUAUGAGAGGACUAGUGAUUUUUUCAAGUACAUGAUCUUUUGGCUGGUUGUAUUGAGUGCAAAGUUUUCUUUUGCAUAUUUUCUUCAGAUCAAGCCUUUAGUGAAGCCAACAAGAGAUAUUGUUGAAGAGAAUAAUCUGCAAUAUUCGUGGCAUGAUUUUGUAUCAAAAUAUAACCACAAUGCUUUGACAGUUGCCAGCUUAUGGGCUCCUGUGGUUGCUAUUUAUCUUUUGGAUAUUUAUGUGUUUUACACCAUCAUAUCUGCCGUGUGGGGAUUUUUACUUGGGGCACGAGAUCGUCUUGGGGAGAUCAGAUCAUUGGAAUCUGUUCACAGUCUUUUUGAGCGAUUUCCCAGUGCAUUUAUGGACCACCUUCAUGCUCCACUUGCCAACAGGACUUCAAAUCACCUUUCCAACCAGGUUGUGGAGAAGAAUAAAGUGGAUGCUGCUCACUUUGCCCCCUUCUGGAAUGAAAUUGUCAAGAACCUCAGAGAAGAAGACUAUAUCACUAACCUAGAAAUGGAGUUGCUUUUAAUGCCUAAGAAUUCGUGGAAACUGCCCUUGGUGCAAUGGCCACUCUUUCUUCUUGCAAGCAAGAUAUUUGUAGCAAAGGAUAUUGCUGUCGAUAGUAGAGAGUCGUUCCAAGAUGAGCUAUGGGAAAGGAUCUGUAGAGAUGACUACAUGAAAUAUGCUGUGGAGGAGUGCUUUUAUUCCAUCAAAUAUAUUUUGAUGGAAAUACUUGAUGGAGAAGGAAGGAUGUGGGUUGAGAGAGUAUAUGAUGACAUUGAAGCAAGUAUAAAGAAAAGGAACAUUUAUACGGAUUUUCAGAUGAAUAAGCUGUCGUUAGUGAUUCAGAAAGUGACGGUGCUCAUGGGAGUGUUGAGAAGUUCAUGGACAGCGGAGUUGGAGAAAGGAGCAAUAAAGGCUGUUCUAGAUCUCUAUGAUGUUGUGCAACAUGAUGUACUUACAAUGAAUAUGAGGGAAAACUAUGAUACGUGGAAUGUUUUGGCCAAAGCACGGACUGAAGGCCGUUUAUUUUCAAAUUUAAAGUGGCCCAGAGAUGCAGAUCUGAAAGGACAAAUCAAGAGGUUAUACUCAUUGAUAACAAUAAAAGAUACAGCUUCCAAUGUCCCAAGGAAUCUCGAGGCAAGACGUAGGCUGCAGUUCUUUACCAACUCUCUAUUUAUGGACAUGCCUCCAGCCAAACCUGUCCGAGAGAUGAUGCCCUUCAGUGUUUUCACUCCGUACUACUCCGAGAUUGUACUGUAUAGCUUGUCUGAACUCCAGAAGAAAAAUGAGGAUGGAAUAUCCAUUUUAUUUUACCUCCAGAAGAUAUUUCCGGAUGAAUGGAAAAAUUUCCUUGCUCGAAUUGGACGCGAUGAAAAUACACUGGAGUCAGAUUUGCUUGAUAGUCCCAAUGAUAUCCUGGAACUCCGUUUUUGGGCCUCUUAUCGUGGACAAACAUUGGCAAGGACAGUUCGUGGGAUGAUGUAUUACAGAAAAGCACUUAUGCUUCAGAGCUACCUAGAAAGACCUGGUUUGGCAGAUGUUGAAGCUGCAAUUUCAAGCAGCGAUGUAACUGAUACUCAAGGGUUCGAAUUUUCACCUGAUGCAAGGGCGCACUCAGAUCUGAAAUUCACAUACGUGGUGACAUGUCAGAUUUAUGGAAAGCAGAAGGAGGAGCAGAAACCUGAGGCUGCUGACAUUGCAUUGUUGAUGCAAAGAAAUGAAGCGCUACGCGUUGCUUUUAUUGAUGAGGUUGAGACUUUGGAGAAUGGAAAAGUCCACAAAGAAUUCUACUCGAAGCUUGUAAAGGCUGAUGUAAAUGGAAAAGAUAUGGAAAUCUACUCCAUUAAAUUGCCUGGAAAUCCAAAAAUUGGUGAGGGAAAACCUGAGAACCAGAACCAUGCCAUUAUAUUUACUCGUGGAAAUGCAGUUCAGACCAUUGACAUGAAUCAGGAUAAUUAUUUUGAAGAGGCACUGAAAAUGAGAAAUCUUCUUGAAGAAUUCCGUCGUGAUCAUGGUAUCCAUCCUCCUACAAUUUUGGGUGUUAGAGAACACGUUUUUACAGGAAGUGUGUCUUCUUUAGCCUCAUUCAUGUCUAAUCAAGAAACCAGCUUUGUAACACUUGGGCAACGAGUUCUUGCAAAUCCUCUGAAGGUUCGUAUGCAUUAUGGUCAUCCUGAUGUAUUUGAUAGAGUUUUUCAUAUAACUCGGGGUGGAAUAAGCAAGGCUUCUCGUGUCAUCAACAUCAGUGAAGAUAUCUAUUCAGGGUUCAACUCAACGCUACGCCAAGGAAAUAUUACUCAUCAUGAGUAUAUUCAAGUUGGAAAAGGUCGAGAUGUUGGGCUCAAUCAGAUUGCUUUAUUUGAAGGGAAGGUUGCUGGGGGCAACGGUGAACAAGUUUUAAGUCGUGAUGUAUACAGACUCGGACAGCUCUUUGACUUCUUUAGAAUGAUGUCUUUCUACUUUACAACAGUUGGAUUUUACUUUUGCACUAUGCUAACAGUGUUGACAGUCUACGUUUUUCUUUAUGGGAAGGCUUACCUGGCACUUUCUGGAGUUGGUGAGCAAAUCGCAGUGAGAGCACAAAUAACAGAUAACACUGCUCUGAGUGCUGCUCUAAAUACACAGUUUCUCCUCCAAAUUGGUGUCUUUACUGCUAUACCCAUGAUUCUGAAUUUCAUCUUGGAGCAGGGUUUUCUGAGGGCCCUUGUCAGUUUUAUAACUAUGCAGUUUCAGCUUUGUUCUGUCUUCUUCACAUUUUCAUUGGGUACAAGAACACAUUAUUUUGGCAGGACCAUUCUUCAUGGGGGUGCAAGGUAUCAAGCCACUGGUAGAGGAUUUGUGGUCCGGCAUAUCAAGUUUUCUGAGAAUUAUAGACUUUACUCUCGCAGUCACUUUGUUAAAGCAUUGGAAGUUGUGCUGUUGUUAGUGGUUUAUCUAGCAUAUGGUUAUAACGAUGGUGGUGCGCUUUCCUACAUUCUUCUCACAGUCAGCAGUUGGUUUAUGGCUCUCUCUUGGCUCUUUGCUCCAUAUCUUUUUAAUCCAUCUGGAUUUGAGUGGCAGAAGACAGUGGAAGAUUUUCGGGAAUGGACAAAUUGGCUUCUUUAUAGAGGCGGAAUCGGAGUGAAGGGAGGAGAGAGUUGGGAGGCUUGGUGGGAAGAGGAACUGGCACAUAUCCGGACCUUUAGUGGAAGGAUAAUGGAGACGCUGUUGAGUCUGCGAUUUUUCAUUUUCCAGUAUGGCAUUGUUUACAAGUUAGACAUCCAAGGAAAUAAUAGAUCAUUGACAGUGUAUGGCCUGUCAUGGGUAGUGUUGGCUGUGCUUAUACUUCUGUUCAAGGUUUUCACUUUCAGCCAGAAAGUAUCGGUCAAUUUUCAGCUUUUGUUGCGCUUCAUCCAGGGAGUCUCUUUCUUGAUGGCACUGGCUGGUUUGGCAGUUGCUGUUGUAUUAACAGAGCUAUCAGUUCCUGAUAUAUUUGCUUGCAUAUUGGCCUUUGUGCCCACAGGAUGGGGAAUUAUCUCUAUAGCGGCAGCUUGGAAGCCUUUGAUGAAGAAGCUGGGACUUUGGAAGUCCGUCCGUUCGCUAGCCCGUCUAUAUGAUGCCGGAAUGGGGAUGGUCAUUUUCAUACCCAUUGCGUUGUUUUCCUGGUUUCCAUUUGUGUCGACCUUCCAAACUCGCCUUAUGUUCAACCAAGCUUUCAGCCGCGGGCUUGAAAUUUCUCUCAUCCUUGCUGGCAACAACCCCAAUUCCGGGAUAUGAAGGCGAUCAAUGCCUCGCAAGUUCCUCUUUUUGUUGUGUAUCAGAUCCUGAUAUUGUCACAAGCGAUAGCUUAUUUUCAGGAUAACCUACUGAUUGGAACCUUCUGUAAAUACACAGCCAAUUGCACAUUAGCGUGAGUUCGGUAGUAAUAUAUCGAUUUUGUUUUUUUCUCUCA